AAGCCAGUCCAUUCCCACCCCCAUGUCCGGCUGGGCUUAGGUGAAGAGUGAAGGACCCCCAUCCCAUCUCCGCCCGGCAAUCGCCAUGGUUGCCUGCGUCGAUGCAUCGACGGGGAGGUUGGUUGACGACCACGCAUCUGCUUCUGGUUGAGCUGCGGCUACUUCGUCGCGUCCACUUUGGUCAUCAUCGGAUAUAAUAUACCGCUUUCAUUGUCGACUCAUUGUGGACCUGUGCGGUUGUUCAUGAAUAGCAGAGACAAGGCUCCGUAGCACACAGGUCUCCUUACCUACUUAUCUAGCGAUUCACGGGAACAUAUGGCGAGGGACGAGACGCUCCAUGAACGUAUCGGGGCCCAGCAUCGUCACUCGAAAAACAAAACUGCCUUAAAUCACCCCUCCCCAUCCAGACAUCUUCCUUCCGCUCAAUCCAAGACCUCCAACCCCGGACCAACCCUCUCGACCGACCUCGACGACCGCGAAGCUCGACUCCGAAGGAUCCAGGACAUCAAAAACCAAUAUCUCAAAACCGGCGAUCUCCCUCCGUUACUGUGCACAGAACUCCGGGGACCCUUCGACAAAGGCUGGGCCAAUCCGUGGGAAAGUCCCCCUCAGCGGCCGGUGUUGGAGGAACCUCAAGAUUCUGUCCCCGAUAUAGAGGUCUUACAGGUCAACUCGGAGAACGCGGCAAACAGUGUCGUGGGGAGGAGAUUCAUCCCGAGUGAAGCGGUGAAUAUGGCGAGGGCAUAUGAUCAGAGCUUGCUAGCCUCACAUGACGGACGGGCUUAUGCUGUGGAUAUUAACACUGAAGACUUGGAUUUCCUCGCUGCAUCUUCCCAGCAGGAAAUUUCCUCUGGGAAAGGAAAUGUCACCCGUCCCCCUAUUGACCUUCGGAGCGUCCUCAACCAUGUCGAUCAAGGCAUCCGUGCCGCGACGAUUCUCUCCCAAGAAGGCCUCCGCGUUGCGUAUCAAGGCGCCCACGACGUCCGUCGCAAGCGCAAAGCGGCCGACAUGCUCGAGGACGGGCUCGCCGAGGCCCGCCACCUAUCCGAGGCGGCGAUCAUGAAGGCCGUGCGGAAUAACUUUCUGCUGAGCGAUUCCGGCGACGUGCAUCUAGCGCGGGGGAUGGACGGGAUGGCUCAACAUAUCAAUGACGCGGGCCUUCCGCCGCGUCGGGGAGGGAAGAAUUCCGCGGGGAUGGGAAGCGGUGGGUUUCAUACUUCGCCGAACUUCGCGUACGCUCCGGGUCGGUCCACGAUGGAGGUGUCCCCGCCACUCUCUGCGCAAUCGAGCGCCCCGAGUGAUUCGUUCAGUCCCAGCAUCGCGAACACCCGUUGGUUCUUCGAGCCGAAUCGCGAGGACAUCGAGUACUUGGACCAAGUGACGAACUCCGCCAUCACCGAUGAUCGGGAUACCGAAGGGAAGACGGUCAAGGAGCAUAUUCUCGAGAUCCACCAGCGAAACCAUGGGGCGGUGCUGACGAUUGAGGAAUAUGAGCGGAAGCAGAUGGAGAGGAGAAGGCGGCAGAAGGGGCUGGAAGGGGAACGAAAGCGAGCCGGAAUGGUCGUGGCGGGGGAACCUGGAAGCGAAACGGAACAGACACAAUUGUUGGAGCGAAGCAUAGAGCAAGCUCUACAGGAGGAGAUUCACGCGCAUGAUGGCGACGCUGGCCAAGCUAUGGAAUUAUCCGACGACGGCAGGAUCUCCUGGUCUCCCGGCGAAUAUCUCCGUGCCCCAGAGCCUCAUCAUCUUGACCAUCCCCGCAACGGCGCAAUCCACCACUCCGCCACCGAGCUCCCAACCCAACCGCGCAACAACCCUCAGUCCAAAAAGCGCGUCCCCACCUCCCAGGGCCUCGACUCGACUCAUUCCCCUUCUCCUCCGCACAAGCACCAACGCGGAAGCCUCUCCCUAACCGACUCCUUCACCACCAUCCUCAACGGCGACCCUCCCUACGUCUUCCAAUCCACAGACCCUCCCCCCCGCAACGACCCCACCAUCACGCCCACCCAAUCCACCUCCCACCCGCUCUUCUCUCCCUCCCCACCCACCACCGCACCUCCACCCGCCACAGCCGGAUGGAACGCCAUCAACGCAUACCCACCUGCGCCUUCGAACUUGGUGGCCACCUCAUGGGCCCCGCCAUCAUCUACCACCCAUCGCAAAUCACCGAUGAAUGGCGUAAUGGUGGGGAAGGCGCACGCGCCGUUCGAGUAUGCGGGGCAGGGGACCCAGGAGGUGGAGGUGGAGCAGGUGGUGGGUGAGGCGAUACAAUACCUGAAUCCGUAUGAGGGGAAUCAGGGGUCGGGGUGGUGGGCUUGA